AGCCUAUAACGUAAGGCUCCAGUAUUCCCUCUGUGCACUGAUGUGUGAAGAGAUUUCUCACUGACCAUCUUUUAGCUGAUACACAUACACUAAAUCACAUUAAUCUCUCUUCAGAUUUAAUACAAUUUAUUGUUUCUGUCAUUUAUGUGUUCCUUAUAAUUUGUCAUCGUUGCCAUUUCUUUUAUAUUCAAGUGAAAGAAAACUACACAGACACCCCAGUGUGAGAUGAGCAAAGCUGCCGUAAAGAGAAGUUACUGCCUCUCCAUCUCAUAUAUGCAGUAUUUACUUCACUUGAAACAGCAUGAACACUGCUCUAACACCAUGUGUUGCUCAGGGAUGAAAUAUGCCAACUUCUGUUUUUCUAGGUAUAAUGUAUGCUUUUUACACAUAUCCUUCACUUAGGUGCCCCCCCAUUAUUUUUGGUAUAUAUUUCCCACAUUUUUCUAGCCUUCUGGCUGGUAAAUAACUACGUGUUGCCCACAUGCCCUGCUUCUGCACUUACGUGAGAAGAUUGAAUACUGAAGAGUUGAGUUUACAAAAGACCGUAAAUGAAUAAUAAUCAUUAACAGGAUGGGUUAGCUGGAAGCUGGAAAACAAAUCUGUGUACAUAUAUGCCCUGUAAAAAGGGAUGAAGUGUCAUUGUAUCAUAGAAUCAACAGGGUUGGAAAAGACCUCCAAGAUGAUCCAGUCCGACUGUCCACCUGCCACCAGUGUUUCCCCACUAAAACACGUCCCUAAGUACAACAUUUAAACAUUUCUGGAACACCUCCAGGAGUGGUGGCUCAAGCACCUCCCUGGGCAGCCCGUUCCAGUUCCUGACCAAAAAGUAGCCCAAAGAAAUCUAGCACUCCUGAAUGCUUUUGUUUAGUUAGUGUCUGUUCCAAUGAAAUAGGUAGAGAAACAACAUUUUUCUUUAGCAAGAUGUGUUGAAAGAAGGAAGAGGUGAAUUAGUCUCAGAAGGCUUUUCACACGUGUAGAGUUAAUUAUAUAGAAGAAGGGAAUUUCCUCAUGUAAUUGAAACAGUUGUCAAUUAAGUAAUGAAUGUAUUUUGAAAGAAAGUAGCAUUUCUUUCCAAAGGAAGUUUUAUUCUAGAUCUAGCUUAAUUUGAUUCUCUGAGUCCCAUCUUGUGUGUAAAAUUGAAGGCACCCCUUCCAUGGUGCUUUGAGCUUGGUGACCUGGGCCCCUUGUAGUCUGGCUGCCCCUUUGUGCCAGCAUUGAUCUCUGUGAGGCAGUCGCAUGUUGGUUCAGGAGCUGAGCUGGCUGAAGUCAGCCCUGGCAGGAGAGAGGCUGAAUGGAUCUGGGUAGGCCCCAGAGCUGAAGCUGCUGCGGGAAUGGGGCCUGCUCUGUGGCUGUGAAGCAGGAGUAUAGGCAGGGUGUAGCAUCUCACAUUGUCCCUACUGGUUGUGGUGUGGUGUUGGAUCAAUAAAAAAUUGCCCUUGUGUCCUCUGUGUUAGCUGGUGGGGACUGCUGCGGGUCCUGGCAUUCUGUAGCACCAUUUCUGCCCGUCUAGCAGUAUCUUGACGGAAGAAAACUGUUACAAAAGAGAGCAAAUAAAAGGAAAGAGGCCUGUUGCUUGGGAGGAGAAUAAAAUAGAUUUAUAAGAAACCUUUAUUAAAAUUUUAUUUGUAAUGUAUUAGCUGUUGGCAGAAAUUCUUCACUCAGAGGACAGUGAGGCACUGGCAGAGCUGCCCAGAGAAGCUGUGGUGCCCCAUCUGUGGAGGUGUUCAAGGCCAGGUUGGAUGGGCCCUGGGCAGCCUCAGCUGGGGGAGGCAGCCCUGCCCAUAGCAGGGGGUUGGGGCUGGCUGGGCCUUAAGGUCUGUUCCAGCCUGAACUGUUCUGUAAUUCUAUGAAUGUACAACAGCACAUAGGUACUGUCAGAGAUUGGAAAAUAUAGUUGCAUAUGCCAAAAUGGAUUUCUUAAAAAUGAUCAAGCAGUUUAGGAAGGAAAAAAAAUUCUCCACAUAAGCUCCAGAGAUGUUUAUCCUGAUGCUUUGCCUAGCCCCAGGCCUGCAUUUUUAUACUUGCUGGGUUUAGAUCCUUUUAAUCGGAAAUCAAACCAAGUGGUAGUUUCUGAACAUCUCUCUAUGUCACCUGGCCCUACUGAUCUAUGUUUAAUGUAAUUCUUCACUAGCUUAUUAUCCUUCAACUUCCUCAGCAAUUUUUCAUUGGUCUUUUAACUCCACAUAAUUCUUAAUGCUUUUAAAAUGUCAAAAGAAGAGUUUAUAUUCUUACGGUAGUCCUAGGACUUAUUUAUCCUUCUUUUGUGAUAUUUUUCUCUCUCCUCUAACUUUAUGUAAGCUACUAUAUCCUAAAUUACUUUUAACUCUUUAAUUUCCCUUCAGUUGCUUUGCUCAGACUAGAGUAUUUAUAUGAAAGCUGUGCUAUGCUUUUUCCUCAUACUUCCCAACUUGAGCCUGUUGGCCCAUCUCAGCCAAAAUAGAAGAAACAAUGUCAAUCUCAAGGCUAUCAAAUUCUUACCGAUUUUAUGAAAAUCAUUGAAGUUGAUAGGGGGAAUGGCCCUCAGCCAGCUGGUUACCCUCCUCUUUGUGAGCGGCUGGGGAGCAUGCCUGUUUGUGCUGCUCAUCAUGAGCAGGUCAGUACUGUGCUGAGCUGUGACUGGAGGAAUCUCAGAGUUCACAUUGCAGACGUGAAGUCAUGUAGGGUGCCUGUGUGAGAUCAAUGAUUCGCAACUGCUCUUGACAUACCCCAACUGGUUGACUCAGAAUGGAGCUCUGUAAAGUCCUAAGUUAUGCGGAGCAGGCUUCAAGCUGUGCUCAUCAGUGAAACUUUGUUAGAAGCUCGUGUCUGUGCUGAUCGACACACGAUGCCAGGGCUUGGCAACAGUGAGUUUGUUGACAUUUAAUGUCUGUUGGCAUAACUGUAAAGAGGCUUUAUUUAAGAGGGGGAAAGCUGCAGAAAAGGAAUGUAUUUUUAAACUUCACUUGUGUCUUACGGCAGCCCCAUGCUGAAAUUAUAAUUUGAUUAUAUUAUUAUUUUUUUUAUUUUAGAAGAGAUCAGGAGUAUUAGCACUUUUUAUUCCUCAACGGCUUUUCUAAAAGAUGGUUCAACAGGAUGUUUGGGGAAAAUGUGACAUUAUUUGGCUUUGGCAUUCUAGCAGAGCUUAAAGUGGAUCCAGAAUGCUAUCUUAUGCAUUUCCUUCUGCUCUGAAUGUCAGGAGCAAUUCAUGUUGUUGACAGCUAUGUCAACAUGUGAAGCUGAAUGAAGGACAGGGACUAAACAACAAGCUAAUAAUAGAGGAGGCAAGGAAGUGAGAACUGAACACUUCGUUAGUAAACUUUCUCACUGUCAUGAGUAAGAGGGCCAAACAGUGCAGCCAGCCUUAUCUGUUCCUGCAUGCGCCUUGUUGACAGCGUUCUAACGGAAGAGAGCUGUUCAUAUGUGCAUUUUAAUUGAAAUGCUUUCAAUGGGGACUUCUGCAUCUGAUGCCUUGACUCUUCUGAAGACUUACUUUGUUGCGUGGCUUAAGAGAAGAUGAUACUGUUAAUGAAUUGUGAACAUCCUUCAGGAGGCUGGCUACCCUUCAAUGAUUGGUUAAUGCUGUCAUGGACAACUUCAAAGGCUCUAUUUCAAAACACCACAAGCUGUUAUUGCACCUUAUAAAGGACUCCUGACCUUUUGCAUCUUCAUGAGUCAUAUCUAGAUGCCACCAGUGUUUCCCAUGUUAACAGUUCUGAGCAUGUUUUACUAUAUGUGCCUUCGGCGCCGAGCUAGGACAGCUACAAGAGGGGAAAUGAACAGCCGGAGGGCUAUUGAAUCAAACACCCGAGCCUUACCUAUCAAUGUUGAGAUAGUUCAGUAUGCCAAAGAAGUGUUGGAUUUCAGCUCUCAUUAUGGUAGUGAAAACAGCAUGUCUUAUACCAUGUGGAAUCUGGCAGGUAUUCCAAACGUGUACCCUAGCUCUGGUGACUUUACUCAGACUGCCGUGUUUCGAACUUAUGGGACCUGGUGGGAUCACUGCCCCAGCGCUCGCCUGCCAUUCAAGAGGACUCCAACCACCUUCUGUAGCCAGGACUAUGUGGAACUUGCUUUUGAGGAGCCAGUGUAUCCCACCGCAGUGCACAUUCUGGAAACGUAUCAUCCUGGAGCUGUAGUUAGGAUUUUGGCGUGCUCUGCAAAUCCUUAUUCACAAAACCCACCAGCUGAAGUAAGGUGGGAAGUCCUCUGGUCUGAGGCACCUACAAAAGUGAAUGGUCCCCAGGCUCGGCAAUUCACACCUAGUAUCAAACAAAUCAACUUUCCCACAAACUUAAUUCGACUGGAAGUGAACAGUUCUCUUCUAGACUAUUACACUGAAUUAGAUGCGGUAGUACUACAUGGUGUGAAAGAGAGACCUGUGCUCUCACUUAAGGCUUCAAUGAUUGAUAUGAAUGAUAUUGAUGAAGAUGAGGAUGAAGAGAAGUAUGGCUGUGGAAUGGACACUCUUAAUAAGCAGUUCAACAUUGUUGCCCUCAGAGAAUGGCCGAGUAAUGGAUACUUUGAUAAGCUGCCUUAUGAGCUCAUCCAGUUGAUUUUGAGUCACCUUACAGUACCAGACCUGUGUAGACUAGCACAAACCUGUAAGCUGCUGUAUCAACAUUGCUGUGAUCCUCUGCAGUACAUUCAUCUCAGUUUACAACCUUACUGGGCAAGAAUUAAUGACACAUCUCUGGAGCACCUACAGUCUCGCUGCACUCUCAUCCAGUGGCUGAAUUUAUCUUGGACUGGAAACAGGGGAGCCAUCUCUGUUUCUGGAUUUAGCAGGUUCUUGAAAGUUUGUGGCUCUGAACUCGUACGUCUUGAGUUGUCUUGUGGCCAUUUCCUCAAUGAAACAUGUUUGGAGGUCAUUACUGAAAUGUGUCCUAAUCUUCAAGAAUUAAAUCUCUCAUCGUGCGAUAAGAUACCACCUCAAGCUUUCAACCACAUAGCAAAAGUGGGCAGCCUAAAGCGUCUCGUUCUUUACCGAACAAAAGUGGAGCAAACAGCCCUGCUCAGUAUCCUGAACUUCUGCUCAGAGCUUCAACACCUCAGCCUGGGCAGCUGCGUCAUGAUUGAAGACUAUGAUCUUAUAGCAAGCAUGAUGGGAGCAAAAUGCAAAAAGCUUCGCAGUCUGGAUCUGUGGAGAUGUAAAAACAUAACUGAAAAUGGAAUAGCAGAGCUGGCUUCAGGCUGCCAGCUUUUGGAAGAACUUGAUCUCGGCUGGUGCCCCACGUUACAGAGCAGUACGGGCUGUUUCACAAACCUUGCACGUAAACUCCCGAACUUGCAAAAGCUCUUUCUUACGGCCAACAGGUCUGUGUGCGACACAGACAUUGAAGAGCUUGCAGCUAACUGUACUCACUUACGGCAGCUAGAUAUAUUGGGGACGAGGAUGGUAAGCCCGGCAUCUUUAAGGAAACUGCUGGAGUCUUGUAAAGAUCUUUCUUUACUCGAUGUGUCCUUCUGUUCACAGAUUGAUAACAGAGUUGUCCUAGAACUGAAUGCCAACUUUCCCAAUGUGUUCAUAAAGAAGAGUUUCACCCAGUGACUCACUACAUAUGCUGCUAUGGAAUUCCUUUAACAGUUAUUUCCUGUGAAUUUGUGCUGAUUUUUUUUUAAGAAGAGUUCCUAUGAAAUAGUGGACUGUAUUAAUUAUCUGCACAAAUGGGUAAAAUACAUUUUGAAUUUAAAUAUAUUAUGCAUUUCUUGGAGCUGAUAUUGUACCUAAUAAUUGUUUUACUCUGUUGAUCGGUGGCACUGCAUGUUUUUAAAUACUGGCCAUGUAUAUGGCUUUAACGGCAAGAAAAUGAAAAACGUCUCACAUGUCCCUCUGUAGGGAGUUAUACCCAACAAGCUAUGUUAAUAUCUGGAUAAAGGAAAAUGUUGAGUAUUUACCAGUAAGAAAAAAAAAAUGGGUGCUUCCUUUUUUAUUGAUGUGUACUUGUGUGUAUGUGUAUAUAAAUGUAUAGAUAUACAUGCACACGUACGGUAGCAUUUUAAUUUGGUCUGCAGCAUAACAUCUUAUGAUCAGGCCUACAAUUAGCUGUUUUAAAAACCAUAUAAGCUUCAUUAAGAAUGCAUUGGAAAGACGGGUUUUCUUUUUUUGUGUGUGUGUGGCAGUGAACUGCAUCUGAUAGAUUUUCAUCCCUUCCUCUAUCUGAAAUAGAUGUAGUGAUGUUUUACAGUCCAACCUAAGUGACACAUCAGAUAAAUUCAAGAACCUUCCACCUGAACUUAUAGAAGAAAUGAAAGAGAAAAUUGCCAGCUGCUUCUUGGUGUUGGAUAUAAGGUUUGAGCUGUACACGGUGUCGCAACUGAUGUGUAGAAAACUCCAGACCAAUUUUCUUUACACAGCCAAGGUGGUUGGUUUGUAUACCUCUAAUUAUCCUGGACAGCACGUAAAAAAUAGUGCUUGGGUUAAUGCAUUAGCAAAUUUUAUUCCUUGCACAGGAAUAAAAUCUAUCAAGUAGUAAGGACAAGCAUCUUUGUUCAGUAGAACAGCAAUGAAAAUACAGUGGUUUUGGAAGGAGAGCAAUGCGUUUUGGUGACUUAGUAAUCUAAGGUAUUGGAUUUAGGGUUCUUUUGUGUGCUUUCUUCUUUCCCAAGAGGUGAGAGCUCUGAGUACUGUCGUGCUCUCUCUCUCUCUUCAGCACUGUUGAAAUGUUGAAGAAGGAAAACUGCGUUGAUGAACUAUUUACAGGGUUUCUUCCUUUUGCACUUCCUUAGAUGAAGCUUUUCUCUUUAAUACCACUGCUAGAAUACGUUACUGCAUACAUCAGGAGUUGAGGUUGUCUUUUUUUUUUUUUUUUUUACACCUUUUUAGCUAUUAUUGAUGAAUACGGACCAUGAAAUACAGCUUGUCAUUUGAUAUUGGCUCCACUGUUACUGUCACAGUGGCACUUGCUACCUACUGGAAGAAGAGGGAAAAUACUCAUCUGGCAGAUGAUAACAAUACGUUAUUGCACUGAGGACCACUGGCAAAGAAUACUUCACUUCAUGCAGUAAAUAACCAUCCAGUGGUAGAGGACUGCUGCAAAUUGUUGAAGAUUUGACAAUCUCUGCGACUCGUGAAUGAAUGCUCUGAACUCUUGUGCCGGUGCCAAUACUUUUCAAACUGUGUCACAGAACAGCUAGAAACACAUACCUGAUUUUUAUAAAAAGACCUUUCUCUUUUGAUUUUUUUUUUAGUGUUACUGAAUCGUUUGGGAAUUCCCGAUCCAAAGAAGGGCAAUGCGCAGUUGGCUUCUUGAUUUAUUUUUUUCCUCUGCACAGAUGGCACUAUGGGAUUUCCAGCCAGAUCCAUUCCACUUUUUUUUUUUUUUUUUUUGCUUGUUUGUUUUUAGUAACCUGGACAUUGUCAGAGAACUUUAAACUCAGAUUUUGUUUUCCCCACUGACAGAUGUCAACUUUGGCAUGAUUCUAUGUGAAACCUCAUUUCUUUCAAUCAGGUUUAGGUUGAUUUACUUUUCUGGGAACUUCUAAUAUUUUUUUUAUCUUUAAGUAAUAUUUUUCAUUGUAACUUAAUAUUGAAGGUUACUGUCCUACCUGUAGAAUAAUACAGGCUCGGGUAAUGGGACUUUACAAAGAACAGUAUUUUUAAAGAAAUGUUUUUGUUGAAAAAUGUCACUUCUCAGGGUGCAUCUGGGUUUAUCUUUUUUUUUUUUUCUUAAGAGGUCUUGUUUUCCACUGUAAAUAGGAUGGGAUACGGAUGAAGUGAUAUCCAUUGUGCCUUUAAACUGGUAAACUAAAUAGUGUAGUGUCAUUGCCGUAGCAUCAGUGAAUCAAAUAAGCGUUUUUGUAAUCACGUAUGUGUGAAGGAUUUCAUUCUCUGUUGCUUUUUAGUUGGUAUAAAGGAGGUAUAAAUUGGCAUUUAGUUGUUCAUACUAAGGGAUUUUAUUCUUUCUGUUGUGCCUUCUGUUUGAAGCUGGUUUUAUCAGAAGUUCUCCACUGUAACUUGAAAGAUACAUUGAAAUCUACUCUUUAUUUGGGCUAUUCAAAACUUGGCUGUUGCUAAUGUAAUUAAUUCAAAUGGCUGAGAAAUAAUUGGGAAAGACUUUCAUCUAUUAUUGUACACUUUAACCUUCAAUCAGUGGGUAAAAAGCUCUUUCAGCUAUGGCUUUAUACCUCCAAGAUGUCUUCCAGCAAAGCAAGGAAAGACUGGACUUCAUAUUUCUGAUAUUUCCAAGAUAAGAAAAUGAGAUACUUUUAGACCUUCCUUAUGUCACAAUGAAGCAAAUGUAAGUCGCUGUAUUUUGUGGUUUUGUUAGUUUAUACUUAGGUGUGUAUAUAUGUACACACAUAUGUAUGUACAUUUAUAUAUACACUUACGUAUAAAUCUCAACCUUUUUCAUGUAAGAGUUACUUUACUGAAGUACACAUAACAGCAGAAGGUUUUUUCUAGCAUCUGUGUUUUAAAAUGUUGUUCUACAACUGAUGGAGAGGACUGCAUUUCUCUCCAUCUGUGCAACAGGAAAAGCCUGGGGCCUGGGCAGUACAGGUGUGCUGGAUUUCCUAUGUUGCUUUGCCAAAGUGCCUUUUGUUUGUCUACAGGUGAGAGAUAUUACAAGGUAUAGUAGAGUGUGAGUGCAAAGUCCGAUAACUACUGUGGUCUCUCUCCAUGUGAAGUGGUCAUAUAGAGGGAAAUUUGUUUUAGUUUCAUUUAAUCCAAAGUGAAUGAUGCCAAUUAUUCUGGAAUUGAGUGGUCUUCUGCGACGGUCAACCAUCCCUCAGUCACAUUAUCUCAAUUCUGCUUUUAAGGAUAUUCCAUUUUUUUAAUCUCGUCUUUUGAUGUUGUCUAUUAUUCCUAAUCAUUGUAUAAGAUGUGUUUUGGCAAUGAAUGUUAAAAAAUGCAUUGCUAAAAUACCUUCAAGAAAAAAAAAGUGACGUGCUGUGAAGUUCUCCCAUUCUUAAACUAAAGGGGAAUUUGCUGUAGUGUAUGAAUGAAGUUGGCAUGAGCUGUCAUAGAGGGAGGUAAGUCAUUCAUUCUGGUCAUGUUUAAUGUUAAUGGGAAUUUUACCACUUAAAACAUCUUCCCAAAUUGUGAUGUUUCCAGUUCAGUGGUGUACUUCCCUGUAUUCAUAAUCAUGAAUUGUUUUGGUAGACUAAAUAGCUUUCUGGACAUGGAUGAAGCUGCUUAUGUUUAAAUUAUGCACUUGAUUAAGUACAUUAGUGCGCAGGACUUACGUAGAAGAACAACUUUGCACAGCAGUUUGGAACUUUUAAUCCCCACAUAUUUAGAGAUCCAAAUUUGAGACAAAAAAAAAAAUAGGGGAAGCUUAUUGUAUCUGUUGCCCAAUUCUUAGGGCUCUCACGUCAUCCUUUCCAGAUAUACGAUGUCCAGCAAUCAUGGUACGUAGUGAGUGGAGCUCAUCUCAGUAAGUGCUAUUUCUCUGAAAGUUAGACAUCUGGUUUAAGUGAGGACUCUGGGCACCUCUAGAGAGCUAUUACUCUUCUCCUUAGAUGUUUGAGUAAAGUCAAAUGAAUCGUUUCCUGGGGCUCCCUGAGGAGGCUCUGGGAGCUGUGAUUUAGCUCAGGUUAGAUACUUUGCUUUAGAAUAUUAAACUGAGGUUAAUUCCAUCCAGCACUGUACUACCAGGCUUGGAAUAGCAAAAACCAAAAUGAGAACAACAUCCAUCCCCAAACAUCAAAACCUUCGGAAAUCUAUCCAGAAGGAAGCAAAUUAAAGAGAAGCUGUCUUGAAAAGUCUGUUUUUAUAAUGCCAGGAACUGCUUCUACUCCUGAGUCCCUUGCCAAUGCGCAUAGUAUCUUUAUCUUAAAUUGAAAUGCAUCCCCUUUCUCUAUUUUAAAACAUCAUCUACCUAACUGGCUAUAUGUAUAGUUCUGUAAAUGCAUGAGAUUAACUGGAAAACAUAAUAUAUUGCAGAUAUUUUUUAUAAUCUUUCAUAUUGCUGUAAUUAAGACUAUGACUACUUUAAGUGCUCUCCUGUCAUCAGAAAUGUUGCCCACUGUGCACUUGCAAAAUUGUGUGUUUAGUCCUAAUUUAUACUAUGUGUACUUAGUGCAUCUUAUGGGAUAUGUUUCACACAUCAAAUCUGCAGGACUGCUAAAUUUACAAAAACUAGAUAAAAUGUAGCAUUUUCUUAUAUGGAGCUUGGGAGUGGCUUUAUGUAUUGAUUUUACAUGUUCAUCAUUACUCGUUUGCAAUGUUUCCAUAUGUUGUAGCUUUUGCUAUUGGUAGGCUAAAGACUCCUGGUUUAAUGCAUCUGUACGUGCUGUGUUAGACACAGUCAACGUUUUUCCAAAAUAAAGGUGUUUGUCUUUCAUUGA